AGCCAAAAAACAGCCAUCCAAACAACGAGCCCCCUCUCUCUCUCUCUCUUUAAAGGCCUCCUUGUGGUUUUCUCAUUUUCUCUUACCUUGUGGUAUCUCUAUCUCUCUGUCUGAGCUUUUUGUUUUCACAAUCUCAUCUUCUUCACAGAUUCGCCUUCUUAUCGAUCUCCUAACUGCAAACCAUGAGUGACGAGGGAGAAAAGACUUGUCCUCUCUGUGCCGAAGAGAUGGAUCUGACUGAUCAGCAAUUGAAGCCUUGCAAGUGUGGCUAUGAGAUAUGUGUAUGGUGUUGGCACUAUAUAAUGGACAUGGCUGAGAAAGAUGACAUAGAGGGGCUGUGUCCAGCAUGCCGUGCACCUUAUGACAAAGAAAAGAUUGUAGGGAUGGCUUCUAAUUGUGAAAGAUUGGUGGCUGAAAUCAAUAUGGAGCGGAAGAAGUCACAGAAGGCUAAGAAUAAAUCAUCUGAUGGAAGGAAGCAACUGAGCAGUGUGAGAGUUAUCCAGCGGAAUCUUGUAUACAUAGUUGGUCUGCCUCUUAAUUUGGCAGAUGAAGAUCUUCUCCAGCGUAGAGAAUAUUUUGGUCAAUAUGGGAGAGUUUUGAAAGUCUCAAUGUCUCGCACUGCAGCUGGCGUGAUCCAACAGUUUCCGAAUAAUACUUGUAGUGUAUAUAUUACUUAUGCGAAGGAGGAGGAGGCAGUUCGAUGUAUUCAGUCUGUACAUGGGUUUGUCUUGGAUGGUAGAUCCUUAAAGGCUUGUUUUGGGACUACAAAAUAUUGUCAUGCAUGGCUGAGAAAUGUGCCAUGCACCAAUCCUGAUUGUUUAUAUCUCCAUGAAGUUGGUUCCCAAGAGGAUAGUUUCACUAAAGACGAGAUUAUUUCGGACUACACAAGGAGUAGAGUUCAACAAAUUACUGGUGCAACAAAUAAUCUGCAGCGACGUUCAGGGAAUGUAUUACCUCCUCCUAUUGAUGAUUAUUGCAAUAACAGUUCCCCGGCAAAACCAAUUGUUAAAAGUAGUUCAAGUCAAAAUACAGCAAGCACUACUAAAGGUUCUCCACCAAAUGGAAGCUCUGGUAGAUCUAUCGCUCUACCUGCAGCAGCUUCAUGGGGGAUGCGUGCUUCAAGCCAACCGUUGGUGGCUAGUACAGUUUGUUUGAAUGGACUUCCCAAGCAAAAACCUGCUGCAGUCAGUGGAGCUUUGCCAUUCUCAUCUGCAGCUGGAAACACAACUCAGCUACUCAUAUCACAUGGUGAUAUAUUAAAGAAGCCAGUAAAUGAAGAGAUCCAAACCAAUUUCAAAAGCAAACCCGAGUCAUUAAAGCCUAUGACACAAUAUACUGCUGUGUCUGAGAAACCUGCUUUGCCUGAUGGUGCCCUUUCUGGCAGUCAGAUGUCUUGCUCACCAGUCUCCAAGUAUAAUAGACCCAUUAUUAUCCAACCAAAUGAUGUUAACUCUUUUGACCAUGGCCCGCAGCCUUUUGGAUCCACACCUAUAAAGGACGGAAAUACAGAAACUGAUUCAAACAUACAUGAAUUAUGUGUCGGUAUUUCAUCGUUGAGUGUGAAUAUGGAUGUUGGAAAUGAUGAUUCUCGGGUUAUUGUGUCGAGUAAUUCACAUCCUGAUCAUAUGAAUGGAGGAUUGCAACAUUAUAUUGAACAGUAUAAAGAACCGUCAAUCCCUGUGACAGCAGGGAAAUCUCCUACAUCAGUAAAUAAAAUCUGUGAUUCAAGAGCAGAGUGUGAUUGGAGAACUGACUUGCAAUCCGAAGUGGCAGCAAAUGUAAAUUCUGAAAUAGAGGAGGAUAUACUAUCAUUUGAUAGUCAGAGACUCAAGGAUCCAGAGGUCGUGAACCAUUCAGUUUAUUCACCUAGUUCAGUCAAUUUGCUCCAUGUUACUAAUAAUUCAGCUACUCUUUCUGCGCAACAUAGUGAGGGUGCUGGUGUAGGUACUUUAAAUCCUGAUCCUCUUUUCUAUGACAGUAGAGGUAGUGAUAAAUUACAUCUAUCAAAUGGAUAUUGCGAGAAGAUGGUUGGUGCUUCAGUUGGUUCUGAUUUGGGUAUAGAACAUUCCUUUUUACUUCCUAGUGAAGGGAAAGGAAAGCAGAUGGAAAGAUUUCUGGGUGAUGCUGAGAGUAAUACAAUUGUUGAUAAUGGUGAGAGCAGCAUAAUCUCAAAUAUAUUGUCCCUGGACUUUGAUUCAUGGGAUGAAUCCUUAGCUUCACCUCAGAACUUAGCUAAAUUGUUGGGUGAAACUGAUAGACAGACCAGUUCUCUCAAACUUUCAAACUCUUGGAAAGGUCAAAAUAACAAUCAAUCAAGAUUCUCUUUUGCAAGACAAGAAGACUCCAAAAAUCCAGCACUUGAUGUUGAGUCUUAUAAUGUCUACGGACAUUUAUCAAGAAAUCGACCUUUUCCUCAGGAUUUUGCGGAAAACCGGGAUCAAUAUCUUGGUAGGCUGGGGAUUUCCAAUGGUUUCUCAUCCAGUGAGUUCGGGUCUGACAACUUUACUGGCAGUCAUUCAGUUUUCUCUUCUAAUAAGCUUUCCGCAGCUACUAGAGCUCAGAUUUCAGCACCACCUGGAUUCUCUGUUCCAAGUAGAUCUCCACCUCCAGGCUUCUCUUCUCAUGAUAGAGUGGACCAGGCAUUUGACACCACUGGGAACCGCCUGCUGGAUUCUUCCCCUCUAUUGAGAAACUCAUAUCAUACAUCACCAGGUGGAAAUGUUGGUGGUAAUGGGGAUAUUGAAUUUAUGGACCCUGCAAUUUUGGCUGUUGGGAAAGGAAGGCUUCAAGGUGCACUUAACAAUGCAGGCUUAGAUAUGAGGUCAAAUUACCCCCCUCAGUUAAAUGCCUUUGAAAACGAUGCAAGACUUCAAUUAUUGAUGCAGAGAUCUCUCUCUCCACAUCAGAACCUUAGAUUUUCUGAUACGGGGAACAGCUUUUCCUCUCUCAAUGAUUCUUAUGGCAUUUCUUCGAGGCUGAUGGAUCAAUCACAUGGGAGCAAUCUAUCCCCGUUGGCCCGACUUUCUCUCCAACAAUCCAGAAAUUCCUUGAUUUCCAAUGGUCAUUGGAAUGGUGGAUGGAAUGAGGUCCAGAAUGCAAACAGCAUGGGUGUGGCAGAGCUUCUCAGAAAUGAAAGACUGGGUUUUAACAAGUUUUAUAGUGGUUACGAGGAGUCGAAGUUUCGGCUGCCUAGUUCGGGCGAUCUCUAUAACAGAACAUAUGGGAUGUAAUGCCUUUUGCAUGCAUAGAGGUUCGCUUGGUUGGGAAUGCUUGAACUGACAAACGUGCAGCUGGGUUGGCAUUGUACUCGAGGAUGGGAUUGACUCAUAAGAUAACUGGUUCGCGAUGGGCCGCCUGAUGUAAGGAUCGAACUCCCGGACAAAUGGGGCAAGAAAAAUGGGAGUUCGGAAAUCAGCAGGUGAACUGCUGUCUGUAUUUGAUAGAGUAGAGAGUUGAGUUGCAGCGUGCUGUAUAUGGUUUGACUAGAAGGUUGAUCCUCCAGAUGCAAAAAAUGUUUGGUUCCUAAUCACAGUACAACGAUGAAAUUUGGCUGUCUGCACAUUUAAAUAGAUGAUAUAUGACUAUAUUUUCUUCUGGUUUUGGUUGCUUCCUUUUCCUUUUUUGACCCCCUGCAUUCUAUACUGCACCUACAACUUAUGGACAGAAGAUUAUUGUGAAAAAUGACCUCAGCCAAGCCCUCUCCUUAAAAGUUUUGUAUUACUCUCCCUAAACAAGGCAGUUUACUACUGUCAACUGUGUAUGAUUAGUGUUCUUUCUAUUAUCUGAUUUACAGAUGGGAAAGAUAAAAGAUUACUGGUGGUGAAGCAGUUAGUGGAACCAUCCCGGUCAGUUUGGUUCAUUUUUUCAUUGAAAUUUCAUCAUAUUUCUACGUGUA